AUGAACCAGCAUCGCUUGGUCUCUGCCCUCCGUGAGCUCCUGCCCUUGAGUGACGGUGAGCUAGAGCAAAUUAUAUUACAUGCUAGCGAACUCGAUGAUGCAGAAGCAACUCAGCAUUUUGGAAGCUUGCUUGGAGAUUCUCCAAAAUCUCUCGAGUUUAUCUCGUACUUCCUUGACGCACGAAAAACUCUAUCUGUUCGUCAGGAUAUCGAUGCGGGAGACUCAUCUUCAUUUUUAGCGACCGAUUCAGCACACAUGAAUGAAGAGACUGGAGUGAACGGGUCGCAAUUAACUACCAGUGGUUUAGAUUCAAAAUUGGUUGACCAGAAAUCUGCGAGUCAACCACCGCCAUAUGCCGCGAGUCCAGGGUCUCAAACCCAAGAGCAUCGCAUUUACAACAGCGAAAUCGAGCCCGAGCAUGACACGGGUUACCCUUGCGAUUGCUCUAUUCAUCGAUAUAAAUUGAAGAAAUGGGUGAGACUCGGCAUACAGGAAAGGUGGGCAAAGGCCGUUAUGUAUCCAGGAGAGAGAUUCUAUAGUGACUGCGUGACCGGUCUGCUGUUUGGCAUAAAUCAGUAUCAGCUAACGGUUGUGUCUCCGUAUGGUAAUCAAUCAACAGUCUACUACUCACGAGGACCUCAAGCAAGCUAUCAUGCCCGUUUCGUUCGUAAAACAAAUGAAUUGAACCGCAGGUUGAAUAGAGAAGCCCAAGCCAAGGUCGAUGCUUUGGAGCCCAAACAAUGCUUAUGGGACCAACCGGAACUUCUAUCUUCAAUGUCAAGAGUUACUCUUGGUGAACAUAAACCCGCAGGGGAUGACAAAUCUAUAGGAGAGCAAGACGCAGAAGACUCAGUGAAUGGGGACAAUCUUCAUGCUAGUGCAAAGCUGAAGGCAAAGUCUAAGCUGUCAAGCUUUAGGAAAGCCAUUGGUGUCAGAUCUACAGAAGAAAGAAAGAACGAAAGAUCAAGCAUUCUACGUGUUGAGAUUCUCAAGGAAGAGCUUGGCCGGUGGCCAGAUAAUCAAUGGCGGCAACUCGUGGCUGAAUAUCAAGAAAGAAUCGGUAUCUUGAAGAAGGUUACUGAACUGCGCAAUCAAUGUCCUCUUCAGUACUUGCACCUACUCAAGGCUGGUUACUUCGAGCCCAUUCCUGUGGAAUGGGCAGUCCAUCCUUCGAAUCCUCUCAAGUUUAAGAUAGAAGCCGCGGCUGGAUGGAGGGGUAUCACUCCGGCAUGGAGAGGAUUUGAGGACUUGGCAGAAGAACGACUGUAUUGGGUAUUGAAUCAUCGUGAGGGUUCUACUGGAACUAGGAUGAAACCAGAUUUCAUAUCUACAAUGAAUAUGGCAAGAGAGCGAAUGGCUAAAGCAGAAGAACCACCCCCGGUGUACUCCUCUGCUGACGACACUUGCAACCUUCAGCAUACAUCAGCGGGAUACUCUAAACAAGUUUUACCAGCCCCAUUUGAACCACACGAUCGCCCUGAGUUGCCCACGGAUGACACCAUGAUUCUUCUUGACGUUUCUGGUUCAAUGAGUUUUGAGCCUGUUCGUCCAAUCUAUGAUCAAUACCUUAUCACUCAAUACGUACGAUCUUCUCAGCCCAAGAACAAAGAUGUCGCGAAAUCAAUUAUCCGCCGAUUCACAGAGGCAUUAUCACAUGGUGAUCAGCACCACGUGGAUGGGUAUGAUCUCGUCACCUUCGCUAGUGAAGCGGAAUACAUGGGAACUAUCAACCAGCGAAACUUUGAUGAAGUGUGGAAUAACAUAACUUUCGGUGGAACAACACGUGUCAUGGCUGGAUGGCAGCAAGUUAAAGAACUGCACUUUCAAAAACACUCUCAAUCGGCCUAUCGCCAUCCCGUCUACGGAUGGCAAGCCGGUCCCGAAACGCCCAUGCUUAGAUUACUGUUGCUGUUAGAUGGCGAAGCCGUAGACAUGGACGAGUUUGAACUGGAUUUGCUGAGCCUCAAUUGGGCGCAUGUAACAAUCUUCUUGAUUGGAGUUGAUGGGUGCCCUCAUCAUCAUCGACAUGCCAAUGAACUUCAGCGGAUCAGCGAUGUCAACCGGCAUGUCUCAUUUAUUGAUGCACAGGGCAAUAUUCCUGAGAGAUAUGUGACACACGAAUUGCUCAAGCGACAUCUAGGAUACGACUUGUCAAUGGACGAUUUUAGACGGAUGGAAGGAUUACCGACUUACUCGGAAAUCUAG